AUGGUGCUGCGACUCGCGAGUAUCGCCUUUUUGGCGGUUGCUCUUUGUUUCUUAUGCUUUGCAACCUUGACCAACGCCGACAACACUUUUCAACCACGUGGUAGCCGUGCCCACCUCCAUCGUCGGGCCAAUGUCAUCACCAAGGCACCUUCAUGGACCAAGAAGAUCACCCAUAGCCCGGGUCACCAGAACCCUGCCAAAGCCCCGCCAAACCCCACUGAAGAUCUCGAGCUCUCCAGCGAUUCAGCUGUUAGCCUUGAUCAGUACUACAAAGAUGCUGCUAAUGCUACUGAGUCUUCUGCUGGAGUUACUCCUAACAAGUCUGGUCUCUCACGCCGUUCUCUUGAGAGGCGCGGUGACGGUCCCCUCUAUUGCAAGGACCGACCUUGCCCUGAUGACAGCUGCUGUGGUCCCAAAGGAAUCUGUGGCUAUGGACCUGACUACUGUGGUGAUGGAUGCACAUCCAACUGUGAUGCUACGGCCAUGUGUGGAGAGUAUAGUGAAGAGGGUGAGAUGCCUUGCGGUAUGAACCUCUGCUGUUCUGCCACCGGUUGGUGUGGUACCACAGAAUUGUUCUGCGAUAACGCUGAUCCCCUACAUAAAACUUUGCCCUGCCAAGCCGGUUAUGGAGGCUGCAACAUCGUCUCAUCUCCUUCAUGCGCAAAGGGAGGUGGCAGCACAAACGGACGAACGAUCGGAUACUAUCAGUCUUGGAACGUUCGUGCCCGUAAGUGUGACACCAAGACCCCCAAACAGCUCAACACCGAAGGCUACACUCACCUCUUUUACUCUUUUGCUUUUAUCGAUCCUGUUUCGUUCAAGGUCACCCCAGCUCACAAUGACGAUAUCGACCAAAUGCGUGAGUUUACCAACCUCUCCAAGGGUGGCAAGCUCCAAACUUGGAUCGCCAUUGGUGGCUUUGACAUGAGCAACGAGGAAGCUCCUACUCAUACCACUUGGAGUGACAUGGUCUCUACCAAGGCUAACCGAGCUGCUUUCAUUGAAUCUGUUCGCUCUUAUAUGGAUGAGUAUGGCUUCCAGGGUGUUGAUCUCGAUUGGGAGUAUCCUGGUGAGCCCAAGCGUGGCGGCCGAAAGCUUGCUGAUACUCGUAAUUUCUCUAUGCUGCUCAAGGAAAUGCGAGCUGCCUACGGUAGCAAGUACGGCAUUAGCUUGACUUUGGCUCCUGACUACUGGUAUCUUCGUUGGUUUGAUGCAAAGGCUAUGGAGCCUUAUGUGGAUUUCUUUGGAUUCAUGGCCUACGAUCUACACGGCUACUGGGAUGAAGAUGUCAAGACUCUCGGCAAGAUCAUCCGUGGUCAAGCCGACAUUCGCGAGAUUGACAAAAACACCAUCCCUCUCUGGUUCGGCGGCUUAGACCCAAAGAAGAUCAACUUUGGUCUCGCCUUGUACGGACGUGGUUAUACCGUCGCUGACAAGAGCUGCAAUGACCUCGAAUGCUCAUUCGCCGGCCCUAGUAAGAAGGGAGAGUGCACUGACUCUGAUGGCGUUAUGUCACUUGGUGAGAUCAAGAGACUGAUCAAGGAGGGCACUGUCAAGUCUGUUUAUAACAAGGAGACGAUGAUGAAGCAAAUUACCUGGGAUGAUCAGUGGAUUGGAUAUGAUGACGAGGAAACCUUUGCUGAUAAAAAGGCUUGGGCUGAUGGUUACUGCUUCGGAGGUACCAUGGUUUGGAGCAUUGAUUUCCAGGAGUCUGACGAUGGCAGCGACACGGGACCCAUCAAAGUCCCUGGUGAUGCCAACACCGGGGGGCCCAUCAAAGGCGGUAGCGGCAGCGGCAAAGAAAUGGCUGAUGGUACCCAUAAGAAUACCCCCUUCACAGGAUUUCGCGGUUGCACAGUUGACCAAAAGACGAGCAUCACCCAAAGCUGGUGGGAUACUGUCGAAUUGGUCAGAAUGGGUGUCGCUACUGACUUUAACAAGAAGCCGGGGACAUUAGAAAGCCGAGUCUUUGGUUUUGAUGUGAACGAAAGAGAGGGUGCUGGUAACUUUAUCAACAUGAUCUACGGAAAUAUCUUCAAGCUUUACACUGACAAGGUCUACGGAAAGAUCCACAUGAGCUGUGUGGACGUCAAACAGGAACACAGAACAACACAGACCUCGUGUGCCAGUGAAGUCCGCUUAGGCGAAGUUGGUGGAUACGCCUUCUCAUACAGCGAGGAGCUCGAAGACCAAUAUAUUGUCAUGUGCAAGCCAUUCUUCCUGCCAGGCCAGGAACUGCUUCAGGCCUUACGUAAGGAGAUAGCAAGCAACGAGGGGUAUAAGAAGGAUCCGCAUCAGAUGAACGGCAAAACUAGAAUGCUACUCCACGAAAUCACGCAUUUAGCUGCUAUGUCUGAGACGAAAGAAAUGGUUGUCAAGGACCAAGACCUGCGUCCAGAGGCGAACGUCCCCGAAAGGGUGUACGGACCGGUACUCGUUCAGAGAAUGGGGAUGCAUAAAUUAGAGUCUGUGCGAGAUCGUACACAAUUAAACGCGGAUUCCUACGCCUUGUACGCUUCGUGGAAGUACUUCGAGGCUCUUUUCGGAACGCCUGAUGCCGUUGUGGUGCCAAGGGAUGAAGACGAUGGUGUAUCUGAUACACUUGUUUGCGCUCCAACCGACACUAACGGCCCUGUUCUUAGCCGAGACAACGCCAAAGCUGAUAUCGAUAAGUGGUGUGACUCUUUGAACCAAGGAACAAUCAGCCAAGAUGACACCCGCAAGGAGUAUGUCAAGUCUUACGGUAGUCCUGGAAAGAAAUACACGGAUCUUGUCUACAGCGCCAACUGGGUUAAAGACGUUAAAGGCGAUGGAUGCCCUAGUAGAACCAGAGGCACAGAACCGAAGCACUGCAAGAAGGCUAUGUACGAGGUAUUGGAUUCGUGUGGUAAGAAAGAUGGAAUGGAUGGCGGGUCGUCGAGAUAUGGUGGAAGUCAGCAGGGAGAUGAGCAGUGUGUGAUUUGGAAGAUUGAGAUAAUUGAUCUUGGUAUUCAGGGUUGA